AUGAAGGAGCUCGUCGGGCGCGUGGCGUCGAAUAAGAUGAUGAAGACGGUCACCGUCGUCGUCGAGCGGUUGUUCAGGCACCCGCGGUUCAAGCGCUACGUCAGGGCGAGGAAAAAGUACGCGGCGCACGACGAGGAGAAUCGAUGCAACCCGGGGGAUUUGGUGCGGCUGCGACACUCGAGACCGCUGAGCAAGACGAAGCGGUGGGUCGUGGACGAGAUCGUGCGAAGAGAGCGGCAGUUCGAUCGGGAGGCGGUGAACGCGGCGGUG